GCGCCUGACAUCAUUCCUCGACGUCUCCAUCUUCUCCAAACAACCAACAACACCUCUUCACUUGUCUUUCGUUUCGUUAGGUGCUAAUGGUACCCGGGGUACUGUUGCCACCUACCUUCUACUCUCCUCCGUUUCGUCGUCGUUGAGGUUCCAGUCCUCGUUCAUGAUACCCCUUCCCCUUGUUGUACUCUUAGUUUAAUAUAUUCCUCUUUUGGCCUUUUCACACCUGUGCCACCCCUCCCCUUCCCUCCCCUUCCCUCCCCUUCCCUCCCCUUCCCUCCCCUCUCGCCAUGGAAGACCCUUCGGCGCAAAAGGUCCUCAUCCCGCGCAUAGAUACGCCUUCGACCUGGGUACAGAUCGAGGAGGAAGCUGCCGAGAAUAGGCUACUGUCGGUCGUUGCGCAGGUCCUCGACAUCCCCAGAGAACAAAUCCAGCUCCAUGAAUCCUUCAAAGACUUGGGCGGUGACGACAGGUCCGCCGUGGCCCUGAGGGCCGAGUGUCUGGAGGUUGGCAUUGACAUCAAAGUUUCCGAUAUCCUUCGCUGCCCGACCCUCGCCGAACUCCAAACCUGUAUCAUUCCCAAGUACGAGUACCCCGAGAACAUCGAAAACAUCGAAACCACCAUGGUCCCGGUCGAACCUCUCGAAAUACACAGGCCUGCGAGGCUGCCCGUUACCCGCGAUGCGAAUGCGAUUGCGACAAAACACUCGCGCAACUCGAGCCAGGCCAGCUCCAGCUCGCAAGCUAUACAUAUGACAGAAAUCGAAAAGGCAUUGGGGAAUCAAAAAGAAAUAUCAAGGAUAGCAACGGUGCGGCCAAAGGCAGGCAUACUCGAAGGGAAACUCGUUGCCCUCUUCACCCUCUCCACCACUCACCCCUCUAAAGCCAGUUCAUCCGAUGUCAGCCUGAUAUCCCAGUCCAACUCCAUCUUCGCCGGCACCCAAGUCACCUUUCUCCGAGAAGUCGCCAAAUCCCUUCUCCCACCAGCCAGCCUGCCCGAUAUAUGGAUCGUCUUGGAAAGCAUGCCCCUCACGGAAUGCGGCCUUGUAGAUACUCGACGAUUGCGAACUUGGGUCCAGAACAUGAACCAGCAGCUCUACUACCAGGUGUCCAAUCUCCAGUCCCAAGUGCCGUUGGAAGAGCCCAAGACGGCCAUGGAACGCUCGUUACAGAGGCUGGUAAGCAAGGUGUUGAAUCUCUCCCAGGUCCAGAUUGGGGUCAACCUUUCCUUCUGCCAGCUAGGAGGCGACGAGACGACUGCCAUGGAACUUGUUUCCCGCUGCAAAAACGAAAUUAUGUACAUCAAUCCCUUGGAGGUGCUUGGAUCCAACACCCUCUCCGAGUUGGCCGCCAUUGCCGAGUCUCGAGGCAUCCAGGAAAACCAGUGGGAGGAGGAAACUCGCGACUUCUUCGACCUGUCCCCAAUGCAGCAUUUAUAUUUCGAGUCCUCUAUGGGCGGAGACCUGAACCGCAGAUCUGCUGGCGAUGGGAGUUACCGCUUCAACCUAAGCCUAUUUCUCCGCUUCAAGAAGGACGUCUGUUUUGAGGACGUUGCGGCCGCUCUGGAAGCGGUUGUUGCCCACCAUCCAAUGCUUCGAUCACGCUAUAGUCGGGGGCCUGAUGGCUGGAUGCAGCUUAUUUUGCCUGAUGUCGCAGGAUCGUACAACCUCCGCCGCCACUCGAUAUCCUCUGAUCGCGAACUUGAUACCAUUAUCGGACAAACCCAGCUCUCCAUCGACAUCGAGAGGGGACCGGUCUUCGCUGCCGACUACUUUACCACCCACGACGGACAGCAGCUGAUCUAUCUUGCUGCUCACCACCUUGCUGUUGACCUACCCUCAUGGCGCAUCAUCAUCCACGAUCUCGACGAGCUUCUGGACUCGGGAAGUUUUCUGUCCCAAAGGUCGAUGCCCUUCCACAAAUGGGUCGAGCUGCAAAAGUACGAUGUCCAAGGGAGAGACCCAAAAGAGUUCGUGCCCUUCAAAGUCCAACCGGGAGAUUAUACCUUUUGGGGUCUGCGAGAAAUCCCCAACGCGUACGGCGACACGCAAGACAUUAGCUUCGCUCUCAGCUCGGAGCUGACGGCGAUCCUGCAAAGUUCUUGCAACCAAGUUUUCAAGACUGAUACGGUCGACAUCUACCUCGCUGCGCUCAUGUUGUCGUUUGCACAAACAUUUCCCGAUCGGUCUGUGCCAGUGGUUUGGAAUCAAGAGCAUGGUAGGGAUAUGUGGAGGUCUGACAUUGACAUUUCCGAGACAGUAGGGUGGUUCACAGCCCUGUGCCCGAUAGCCCAAAAGGUAGAAGGUACAGAUGACUUCAUCGACGUUCUCCGACAUGUCAAAGAUACGCGCCGGUCAAUACCAGCUCAUGGAUCCAAAUAUUUUGCGUCACGGUUCUACAACAACGCUGGGCCUGACACCUUGCGCCCCGACUGGCCGUUCGAGGUCAUGUUCACCUACGCGGGCUCGCUGCAACAACUAGAGCGCAUCAACGGCGUGAUGGAGCAGUUGCCCCUUGCAAGCCGAUCAUUCGACUCCCCGACUUCGGAUAUUGGGUCGAAAGUGGGCCGCGUAGCUUUGUUCGAGAUCAGCGCCAUGCUUGACAAAGGUAUCGCCAAGGUGUCGUUCACAUAUAGCAAGUUCUGCAAAGAUCAGAUUCGCAUCGCGCAAUGGGCCCAUAACUAUGAGCACCUGCUUCUCGAGGCGAUUGGCAGGCUGAGGUAUCACCCUCAUGAGCUAACGCUUGCCGAUGUUCCGCAUCUUGAUGUCACAUAUGAAGGUUUGACGAGAUUCAACAAGCAGCGGGUAGCGGGUCUGAAACUGGCAAGCGUGCAAGACGUCGAAACGAUCUACCCGGUGACUGCCGUACACCAGGCCAUCUUGAUCAGUCAAGCUCAGCGACCAGAUACGUGCUAUUUGCAUGCCAUCUACGAGUUUGCGUCACCACAUGGCGACUCUAUCGAUAUUGCCAGGCUAUGCAACGCGUGGCAGCAUGUAUGCAUCCGGCACCCAGCCCUAAGAACCGUCUUUACCGAGAGCGUCAGCGAGACGGGAUUGUGGGAUAUGGUGAUCCUCCGUCGGGCAUCCCCGGAUAUGCUCUUCAUAGAUACAGCCCCUGCAGAGGAUCCAGUGUACGAGCUCGACAACCUCCCAGAUCUUCGACCGACGGACAAUAAGCCGCUCCACCGCUUGACGGUGUGCAGAGCUCCGACCAGGACGUUCAUAAAGCUGGAUAUUAGCACCGCGCUUUGCGAUUCCGUCAGCAUUCAUCUCAUUUUGCACGAUCUUCGACGAGCCUACGUCACCGAAAAGGCCAUUCCCGAACCUGCUCACUUUGGGUACCCUCACUACAUGCAAUUUCUGAGCGGAAUACGUCGUGGAUCCAGCGUUGGCUUUUGGCGUGAGAGGCUUUCCGACGUUGCGCCAUGCAUGUUCCCUCGACUUGCUGUGUCGCCUGAUGAGCAGCGCUUCGUCAACUCGUUUUUCGACUUGGAGAUCACGUCCUACGAACUGUCCGGGUUCACCAGAUCCCACGCAACCACUGUCGAUGCGAUUAUCCGUUUGGCGUGGAGUCUUGUGCUGCGAUGCUUCACCGGGUCAAAUGCUGUGUGCUUCGGCUACCAAACAAGCGGCCGCGACACCUCCGUUCCCGAGCUACAAGAUGCCGUGGGCUCGUUCGCCAACAUUGUGGCCUGCAAUUACGAACUGACGUCGUACACACCCCUUAAGAUGGCGCUGGAGGCCACUGAAGAUCAACUUACAACUAGUUUGCCGCACCAACACUUCACCAUGGCCGAGUUGGAACAUGCUAUGGGCAUGAAAGGUGGCGAGCAUCUCUUCAACUCGUGCCUAACAUUCACCGAAGAGCCCGCAGGACUAAAUAGCAAAUUCACGACGAGGACAAGCUUUGAACUCAAGCCCCUCUCGCUCAAGCAAACGUCCGAUGUGGACGUACUCGUCAAUACGCGGUUUGCUGGGGGAAAGUUGGUGGUCGACAUCGGACAACGGGUCAUGUCCGAAGAGCAGGCCCUCAACGUGGCCAAUACCUUUGGAAAAGCGAUCCGCACCAUUCUUUCCGCGCCACACAGUUCCAUUGGAACAGUCGACCUAUUCAGCGACCGUGACUAUGCCCAGCUGUUGGCCUGGGGCGCUGACUCGCCAUCUGGCCAUAGCACACGAGCUGAGACCCUUGUUCACGACCUUGUAAGCAAGCAGGCCAGCGCUCAGCCAAACUCUCAAGCCGUCUGCGCAUGGGAUGGAACUUAUACGUACCGGCAACUGGAUGAAGAGGCGACAAUCCUAGCCCAUCAUCUAGUCGAUGUGGGCGUUGGACCACACUCGGUUGUGCCUGUAGUCAUGGAGAAGAGUCGCCUUGCCAUUGUGGCAAUCCUCGCUGUUCUCAAAGCUGGUGGCGCGUUUGUCCCUAUCGAUGCCUUGGAACUAGGCUUGAUCCAACCUAUCUUUGAGCGGCUUAACUUUUCCAGGGUCGCGGUCGCUUCGGAGCGCGCUGCUCUGGUUCUUGGAAACCUCUUCGACGAUGUUGUUACCCUGAACGAUGGCCUGAUGCACAGUCUUCCCCGAGAUCGAAGAUCGCUCACCUCGAUGGCUACACCUUCCGAUCCAGCCUGUAUACUCUUCUCUCGCGUAUCUUCGGGCGAGGCUCGAGGUGUUUCCUUCAGCCACACUGCACUGUCCACAGCACUUCUGGGUCAAGGCCCCGCCGCGAAGAUUGGACCCUUGAGUCGCGUCAUGCAACUCUCUUCUUUCAAUGUUGACAUCUGCGUUUCGGAGAUCCUCACCACACUCGCUUAUGGAGGAUGUGUGUGUGUGCCGUCUGCGAACGAGCGGCUCAAGGAUCUUGCAGGCGCUGUCAACCGUAUGCAGGUCAACUGGACUUAUAUGACGCCACACCUCUCCCGUAAAGUCGAUCCGACAAAGGUGCCGACUUUGAAGGCGGUGUGCUUUAGAACUCGGAGCCUGGACGAAGACACAUACAGUGCAUGGCACGGUAAAGCCAACAUCAUCUUGGCCUAUGGGCCACACGAUAUCUGUCCUCUGGGUAUCUCCUUCCUCGAGGUCGUUGGGGUAAAUCAACUUAAAAGUGUCGGGCGCCCGUUUUGCGGUAGCUUCAUGGUCGUUAAUCCCGACGACCGCAAGAAUCUGGUCCCCGUUGGUGCCGUCGGAGAGCUGGUAGUGGAGGGGCCAACCUUGGGUUGCCAUUACCCUAACAGGGAGUCUACCUUGGGGCCAAUGUCGCCACUUGGACCGUCUGCGGGCAACACGUCACGGUACUUUAAAACUGGACACAGAGUUAGGUAUACUGAGGGUGGGUUGAUGGAGUUCAUCUCUCACAAACACGAGGACGUUGGCAUCAAGGGAAGGCCAGUAGAUACGGCGCAGAUAGAGCAGUAUCUUCGACGGUGCCUUGGACAGGGAGUUGAUGUCCUGGUAGACAAAUUGCCCUUCCGAGGCACGGAUGAUGCACCGAUAUUGGCCGCCUUCAUCGAGUUCGGGGAUAGUAUCCUCGACGGCGAAGACGACCUGACCUCAUUGGGCGCGACAGCUAAGGAGCAACUGCUCAUUGCUAGGCAGCUUGUCGAGAUUGGAUUGCGAAGCAAUGCCGCUCCGCCCGGAAUCCCGUCAAUCUUCAUCCCGGUAAAGCAUCUUCCGAUUACCCCUUCACUCAAGGUCAACAGACGUCGCCUCCAGAAGAUGAUCAGUGGGUUGUCCAAAGAGAAGCUCAUCGCACUGUGCAGUGCCUCGACAGCCAACGACGCGAAGCUCAGGUCUUUCAAGCCUCUUCCGCUGACAGACAGUGAAGAGCGAAUGAGGGUGAUCUGGGCAAAGGUCCUAGGGGUAGAGGAAGCUCGUAUCCGUGCUUUUGACGGCUUCUUUGGUGUUGGGGGUGACCACGUGCUUGCUGCUCAGUUGGUUACCGCCUGUCGGCAUGAAGGCAUAUCGAUCUCAAUCGCCGAUGUCCUCCAAAAUGUCACACUCACCAAGCUGUGCAGAACAAUGUCGCCCGUUGAGCCGCUGCAGUCCGACAGCCCAGUUUCCCUGCCCGUGUUAACCCCUUCCUCCGCUGCAUCUGACCCGAAUGCAGUCAAGCAAGUCCUCUUGGAGAAAGUCAUUGCACCAAAGGUAGGUGUCGAUGCCCACGGCAUCAAAGACGCCGCCGAAGCAACCUCGACGCAGAUUCGACAUAUGGAAACCGGAAUGCUACGCGGCCGUGCAAACAUCAACUAUUUUACGUUCAUGUUUACUGGCCCUGUCGAUGCUAAGAAGCUGGAAGAUGCGUGCUUGACGCUUGUCACCAUUCAUCCCAUCCUUCGUACCGCCCUUGUUCCGCACAACCGAAAGGUGUACCAAGCUGUGAUCAAGUCAGCUAAUGUCGAGUUCAAGAGGCACACCUGCCCCACUUGGAGGUUGAACACCGUCAUGGAGAAGUCGAUCCGGAAAGAUCAAGCCUCACCGGUAGCCUUUUGCUCUCCCGUGACCAAGUUCAUUUUCAUCGAUGGAGGAAAGCAGUCGAUACUCAUUCUUCGACUCUCCAAAGCCCAAUACGACGACCUCUCGAUGGCGCUUUUCGUCAAGGACCUCAAGAAACUAUAUGAUGGGACGCAGAACCCACCUCGUCGUCCGACCUACUGUGAAUUUGUCCGGUCCGUUCAGCUGGCCAACUCGCAAGGGGCCGAGGAGUACUGGAAGAAACUGCUUGAAGGCAGCACAGUCACCCAGAUAGUCGAGCAUUCUUUGCCAUACCGGGUGUCGGCGAACACCAAGACGCUACGCCAUGUGAUGCCUCUCGGUUCAUUAUCCAGCCUCGGGAUCUCUUACGAGACUAUCCUGAAAAGCGCAUGGGCAAUGGUUCUUGCUAGUCUCUCAGCCUCUUCCGACGUAGUCUUCGGCGAGCUUGUUGACGGCCGCCACGUCACACUAUCGGGCAACCAGUGUGUAAUGGGGGUCAUGGGGCCAACAGUCAAUCAGAUCCCCGUCCGGGUACAGUUCCCAGAUACGCCGCUUACACCGUUGGGCCUGCUCCAGUACGUCCAGACGCAGCGGAUAUCCAGCAUACCCUUCGAGAACCUGGGGACACUGAAUAUCGUGGAGAAGUGCACCCCAUGGCCGUACUGGACUCGCUUUAGCACUCUGAUCCAGCACCAAUACGAGGAUACGGCCAUUGUCCCCGCGGAACCCAAGUCCUUCCAUCUCGGUACUGCCUCGUGCAAGUUUACCGUUGUCGAAUCCAGGGCUCAGGAUGUUCCUGAUCUGUUCAUUAGAUCAAUUGCACGCGGAAACAAUCGGGUCGAGUUGUCGGUCACGUUCUGUGUCGAUCGUGUCCCUGAGACGUUUGCCGACGACGCGCUGCGAAUGGUCUGCGCCACCAUCAACCUUCUCACCAGCGUUAACAUCAUGCAGCCACUGAUCCCAUCCGGCUACCAAUACAAGAACAUGGAGAAGAGGAUACCACUUCCGCUUAGAGACUUGUUGGACGCAUGCACGGCGCACACCAAUGCCGGUCGGUCAGAUGCUGUCAAGGCGCUGAUAAAGGAUCAAGAACGUGGUAUUCAGACCGUCAUCUCCAAAGCGUGGACAUCGGUCAUCAACCCUCGGGCUCUGGGUGUCCCUGAAGCGCAGGUGCACAUUGCUGCCUUCUUUGAUCUAUGGGGAAGUCUCAUCCCAGCAGCCCAACUGACAACACAAUUGAACCGCGAACUGCCCAAGGCCAACAUUUCUGGAGUCGAUGCCAGCGUCGCAGUCACGAUGGAGGAGAUCGUGGAGAACCCCACCAUGGUCAAGCAGUUCGAGCUAAUAGCAGUCAAAAUGAAGAACAAAUCUAACGGCGCCAGCUCCUCAUCAUCAUCACCUUUGCCUUGUAAGAGCAAGGACAAGGAGAAGGGCAAGGACCCUGCCGUCGACAACAAGCCAACAUCGAAUGACAGCACCCGGCUUGCUCCGAUCCAAACCGUCGUCAGUAGAAAACCUAGCAUCAACCUCGCGGUUGCCAGUGUCAAGGGAACCUUCCGCCGCUUUGCCUCUACCGUUGGCCGUUCGGGCUCGGAAUCGUCGGCCAAAACCUCGUCAUCAGCUUCCGGCCAAUCUACCACCAUGGCCAUCGGCAUCGCUUCCGCCAUGGUCGCUGAGCUUGUCUCUCCCUUUUCUCCAAACGUCGUCAGUGCAAACAUCAAUGCCCGCCUCGACGUUCCUGGUCGCCAGCAACAACAACAACAGCAGCAGUCUUCUCAAAUGGCACAUCCCAGACAACCAGCCUUCGACAUGACCCUCAACAGCCCCGUCGACCCCAUAGAAAAAGACGCCACCGAAGAGCUAACCGACUCCGACCCCUCCUGGCGCUUACCCCUACUCCCCGGCGCAGCUGUGGAACUUCCCCCUUCAGGGAUUGCUUCCAGAAGAGGGACGGAACACACGAUCGGCUCCUCCACAUCGACAACUACUAGCAUGACGGAGGACGGGAGCGGCAGUGCGCGGAGUAGUCGGUACAGCGGCGAAGAGGGAAGGGGGUAUGGGGAUCAGGUUACCCCUGUCUUGCCGGUGCAGCUCAGGAUGAGUGGUACAAAUGGGAACGGGAACGGGAAGGUCCCGGCGGUGAUCGAUAUCGCGGCUGCGAACGGAUCCUGGAGGAGGGGGGGGACAACAAGUGAGGCGAAUGAUCUGGUUAGUCCGUUAAGUCCGUUAAGUCCGGGGAAGUAUGGGGGACGGCUUUUUGGUGGUGCUGCUGGAAGUAUGGCGGGUGAUGGGAAGGGGAGUGCAAGCGGAAGUGCAAGCGUCAGUGGACUGACGGUGAGGGUGUCGCCUGUUACUACGCCGAGUAGCGCUGGGGGGAUGGCGGAGGCGUUGGCACAGGGACAGGGACAGGGACAUAGACGGAGUGCGAGUGGGGGUGUAUUGAUGAAGAAGAUGGGUAUGUCGAGUGUUGUUGAGUGAACGGAUGCGGUGCGGUGCGGUGCGCUUGGGGGGUCUAGAGGGCUCAGAGCGGUGUUUUAUUUGCUUGUAGCGUGGUGUUUGGUGUUUGGUG